AUGGGUUGCUGUGGGUGCAGUGGGGGCUGUGGCUCCAGCUGUGGGGGCUGCAGUUCCAGCUGUGGGGGCUGUGGCUCGAGCUGCUGUGUGCCCGUGUGCUGCUGCAAGCCCGUGUGCUGCUGCGUGCCCGUCUGCUCCUGUUCCAGCUCGUGUGGGGGUAGCAAGGGCGGCUGUGGCUCGUGUGGGGGCAGCAAGGGCGGCUGUGGCUCGUGUGGGGGCAGCAAGGGCGGCUGUGGCUCUUGUGGGGGCAGCAAGGGCGGCUGUGGCUCGUGUGGGGGCAGCAAGGGCGGCUGUGGCUCGUGCGGAGGCAGCAAGGGCGGCUGUGGCUCGUGUGGGUCCUGCCAGUCAUCUUGCUGCAAGCCCUGUUGUUGUCAGUCGUCCUGCUGCAAGCCCUGUUGUUUUCAGUCGUCUUGCUGCAAGCCCUGUUGUUGUCAGUCGUCCUGCUGCAAGCCCAGUUGUUGUCAGUCGUCUUGCUGCAAGCCCUGUUGUUGUCAGUCGUCUUGCUGCAAGCCCAGUUGUUGUCAGUCGUCUUGCUGCAAGCCCUGUUGUUGUCAGUCAUCUUGCUGCAAGCCCUGUUGCUGUCAGUCGUCUUGCUGCAAGCCCUGUUGUUGUCAGUCGUCUUGCUGCAAGCCCUGUUGCUCACAGUGUGGCUGCUGUGAGCCCAUCUGCUGCCAGUGCAAGAUCUGAGGCUCCAGUCACAGUCUUCAGGGGCGUUACCACCACCCAC